UCCGCCGUACGCAGAAACGACCAAUAGAACAUACCUCGCGAUCUCCGCACCAUCAUCUCUCGAGCACCGAUGGGGACGACGGCAGCGGCGGCGGCGGCGACGCAGGCGUACGGCGAGCCGUGGUACUGGGACAGGCGGUACGAGACCGAUUCCGGCGCGUUCGAUUGGUACCAGAAGUACAGCGCCCUGGCGCCUCUCGUCAAUCUCUACGUCCCUCGCGAAGAUCGCGUCCUCGUCGUCGGAUGCGGUAACUCAGAAUUUAGUGAGGGUAUGGUGGAUGAUGGCUAUGAGGACGUGGUGAAUAUCGAUAUAUCAUCAGUUGUGAUUGAAGCUAUGCAGAAGAAGUACUCUAACCGGCCUCAGCUAAAAUAUAUGAAAAUGGAUGUUCGAGAGAUGAGCAGCUUCGAUUCACAUUCCUUCAACGCCGUGAUUGAUAAAGGUACACUAGACUCCUUACUGUGUGGGCAUAAUUCUCGGCAAAAUGCUGCUAAGAUGCUGGAGGAAGUUGGGAGGGUCCUCAAGGAUAAGGGCGUCUAUAUUCUAAUUACAUAUGGAGCUCCAACGUAUCGGUUGAAUUUGUUGAAAGAGAUGGGCUCAUGGACAAUAAAACUUCACGUGAUAGAAAAGCUUGUUGGAAAAUCUGACCAUCUAUGGGAGCUAACCAACCCCCUUCCCUUGGACAAUGAAGGAAGCUCCGCAGAAACACUGUUGGGCAGAAAUCCCGACGUUCACUACAUCUAUGUUUGUACUAAGGUCGGUUAAGAUGAUCUCAAUCAGCUACGCAGCAAUGGUUUAGCUCCCAUGCAAGCAAGAUGACUUUACCUCACAUGACGUGCCACGUGAAGCCGUCCUUCUCAAGUAUGGUAAUAACUUAUAUCAUUCAUAGCCUUCUCGUUUUGCGCCUGUUGUUCGUGCAGGUGAACUCUACCGUGCACCUAGGUGCGUGAAGGGGCUCUUGUGUAAGGGUAAUGGAGUCAUUCGACCAUUCUUUUCUUUGUGCUUUGUAACAGAAACAUCAUAUGUAGAGCCCCCCAAAAGUAUGGACAUGUUUGUAUUAUGAUUAAUACAAACAUAGACUUCUUAUUUUAGCUUUUGCUUUGGUUUGAGAGUCUCGCGGUCUUGGGGAGCUGGCCUUUGGUGAUGAUUUAGAUAGACAGGGCGUCUCGAGUCUGUCGCGGACAUUUCUUCACUCGGUUCCUGAUUGAAUACUUCCUCAAUGAGCUCUACUCGGGCCGACCUUUGUCAGCACGGUUGUGAUGCCUA